GACAGCUAGCCUAAAAACAGCUAAAGGUUAGCCAAGUCCUAUUAGCUAUAAUUUCGUAAUUUAACCACUCUAAAUGUGUGCUAAGAUGCACUUGGCAGAGAGUUCUCAGAUGUAGAGCCUAAAGAAGGGAUUACAUCAAAUCUGUCCAAGGGCCAUAAUAACUGGCCGCGGGCCUUAUUUUGAACAUCGCCUAUUUUGCGUGAAGACGUGAGGACUUCGUUAUAGAGCAGUUUUAGUGACUUCUGACGUACUCCUUUAGUGGAGUCCUCUCCUCCUUCCUCUUCUGCUCCGCAUCCUCCUCCUCCUCCUCCUCCUCCUCCGCCUCCUGCAGCAGCCGCAGACGCGGAGCUGCAGAGCCGGCUGCUCCUCCUGGAUCAGUCCACUUUGUCUAGGAUUAAACACAGGCGCCAGUUCCUGAGAAAAGGAAGCCCGGAAAAAAACCGCCCUGACUUUUUUUUUUUCCAUCUGGAUUGUUCAAACAUCACCGUCCCACCGCAGACUCCGGCUCCGGUGUUUUGAGGGGUUUCCCCCUCAGUGUUCAGCCUCCUGCUCACCUGCUCACUCCUAACCAUGCGCUCCUGCUCUGCGUUCCGCUGGUUCAUCUCCCUCCUCUUCUUUUUCUUCCCGCCCUGUGUUUUAUCCUACCGACCCCAGUGGAUGCUUCAGCGCGUCCCGGUGGUCCUCCCAGAGAGCACAGAGCCCGGGCCCGCUCCUCAUUUCCUGGCCCAGGCCCGUCUGAAUGUCACCUCACCUUGUGACCCAUAUUGCCACCGAGUGGCACCCAAACCAAGUUACUGGGACCUGCAGAGUCUUCUGGCCUACGAGACUCUCCACUCCAAUGGCAAACUGACAGAGACGGCCAUCAAGAUCUACGGCUACAGUCCCAGUUCCACCAGGAGCACCGCCUACUCCUCCGGGUCACCGGCGAAGUCCGAGAGGUCACACGUGAGGAGGAAGCGACAGAUCUUCGGGCACGAUGGGCGGUUCCGCAUUGCGGGACAGGACUUCCUGCUUAAAUUUCCAUUUGCGGUGGCUGUUAAACUGUCCACUGGCUGCUCAGGAACGCUGGUCGGAGACCGACACGUUCUCACAGCUGCUCACUGUGUUCACGAUGGGAAAAACUACGUGAAGGGAGCCCAGAAACUCCGCGUUGGAUUUUUGAGAUCUAAACAGCGAGAUUCACAAGCGUCGCCUUUGUACCUCCACUUCAACAACACCAAAGGUCGUUUCGGCUCGUACGACCCACCGAGGAAUGAGAAGAUGAAGUUUCAGUGGAUCCGUGCCAAGCGUACCCACGUCCCCAAAGGAUGGAUUAAAGGUAAUGCCAACGACAUUGGAAUGGACUACGACUACGCCCUGCUGGAACUGAAGAAGCCUCACAAACGCCGCCACAUGAAGUUAGGAGUCAGUCCGCCAGCUCAGAGGCUGCCCGGUCAUCGAGUUCACUUCUCGGGGUACGAUAACGACCGUCCAGGGCAGCUGGUGUAUCGCUUCUGUCGGGCCGGCGAGGAAACUGCAGAUCUUCUGUACCAGCACUGCGACGCUCAACCUGGAGCCAGCGGCUCAGGAGUCUACGCACGGAUGUGGGAUGGGAGGCGCCGGCGGUGGGAGCGGAAGGUGAUCGGCGUCUUUUCCGGGCACCAGUGGGUGGAGCGGCAGGGGGCGUCUCAGGACUUCAACGUCGCAGUGAGAAUUACGCCUCUGAAAUACGCUCAGAUUUGCUACUGGAUAAAAGGGAACUUUGUAGACUGCAGAGAAGGCUGAGGAGCGACGGGGAGUCGACUUACACGUAGCACUGAUAUGAUGUAAAAAAAAUCGAAUCAUUGUUUUGUCGCCUCGAUUUUUAAAUGACAACACCGCACGCAGGGCUGUCACUUUUUCCCGAAGAGAUUUUUUUUUUUUUGUCCCAUUUGUCGGUCGUUUGGUCGAGUUGGAUAAAGAAGUUGGUCAAUGUAAGAAGGCUACUGUCCUAGGGCUGGCACAGAGGCAUUAGUUAUCAGGACAAAGUACAACCAUUAAAGUCACAUUUGAAAACUUUCUUGCUAACAGUAAAUCGAAGCUAACUAGCGGAACUUUCUUUUAUAUUUGAUGGAAAGAAGAGGAUUUGGGUUUCACCUGUUAGAGUACCUUCUUCCAAUUUUUUUUUACCUGUUCAUAGAUGCGUAAUUUGAACCAUUAACGAAAAAGUGACAGCCCUAUUGUUAUGAAAAGUUUUUUUUUUGUUGUUUUUUUUUUGUUUUUAAAUCAAGUAACAGCACUCGACCAGGGUGCGAGCAGGACACGUCCAUGUUGUUUUUCCUGCUCGGUCUGGUGUAGCUAUGGGGUUGCAAAGGUGAAACUGUACUGAGACGGAAUGAAGUCAGCGCUUUAUGUUUUGUUAAAAAAAAAAAAGAUGCAUAAAUAUAUGUCUAUGGGAAAACACGCUACUAUUUACAUGUUAAAGUAACUCUGUGUAGUACUAUUAAGCAACCAGACCUUCUCUUCUUGGUAUAACACUGUCGUUUCUAUAAAGUUCUGUUCAUAUCCA